UUUGCACCAUACAUAAAAAUUGAUAAAAAGCGAAUCCAUUUUUGUUUAUCUACCGGUUGUCGAUGCUUCAACAUCAGUGUUGUUGAAUGAGGCAUUGACACCAUAAUAUAGCACUAGAUAAUUUCAUUAAUGUAUUAAUUAACUAGUCAUAAAAGAAAACUUAAGAUUUAUAUGCUUCAUUAAAGUGGUUUUAUUUGCAUAUUGAUUUCCCACCUACAAUCAGAGAGACAUGUCGCAUUUUCUUAGACAAUUCCACAUUAUUUCGUCUUUAAAGACAAAUUCUGAACGAGAACUUCUGCCCUUUUAUAAGGUUAUAGCCCCGGUUUUGUCCAAGCAUCCAGCUGUCCGGAAAAUGCACACCCAAAGCAUAACCAACAACAUCAAGUUGAAAACCGUCGAUCUAAGUGAAGGUCAAAAGAAGAAGAAGCUAGUGGUCAUUUUUACCUGGAUCCUUGCUCAAGACCGACACGUCGACAAGCUUCGCAAUGUCUACAUUUCAAGGGGCUUUGAUGUUCUGACUAUGGAAACUCUACCGAAAGAUUUUUUGUUUCCAACAACCGGCACUCAAGUUAAUACCACCAAAUUGUUGGAUUACAUAGCGGACAGCGAUCAGUAUGAUAAGAUCCUUGUACAUGCUUUCUCAGUUGGUGGAUAUUUAAUGGGGGAAAUGUUCGGUAAAAUGAGGGAUAACGCUGAGAAAUACUUGGAAGUGACCAAAAAGAUCAGUGGAGUCGUUCUCGAUAGUGCUGUAGAUUUUGAGGGUACUUCUGAUGGUAUAGCCAGGGCUGUUUCUCGUAACCCCCUAACUUGUAAAGUUCUGGAGUGGUAUAUUAAUGCUCAUUUGGCUUUGAUGUAUAACGUCGCCACCAAACAUUACAUUAAAUCGUCCAAGAAUUUUCACAACACUCCACUAAGUUGUCCAGCUUUGUGCUUCGUCUCUGAAGCUGAUAAGAUCGGUACUCUGAAGUCCAAUAAAAUGGUCGUCGAAACCUGGGCCAACAAGGGAGUCGAUUGCAAGCUCAAGUCUUUUAAGGACUCUAAACAUGUCGGUCAUUUUUUUAAGUACGAAAACGAGUAUGUUCGGGAAUUGGAUGAGUUCUUACAGAAAUGUGAUUUGAUUCCUAAAAGAGAUUAGAACCGUUUUAUGAUGAUAUCUCAAAUAUCUGUGAUAUUUUUGAGAUAGUAAUGGUAUUUUUUUGAAGCUUUUGUGAGCUUUUUAAAGUUAACGUAAAUUACUUAAAAAGGUUUAUAAAACGUGUUUUAUGCUCCCUUUUUAGUUCUUAUGUUAUUACGUUACAACUUAUUGUUUUAUUAUAUCUACGCUAUCUCUCUUUCUUUUUUAUUUUGAUGUCCUUUCCCCUUUCUCCCUUUAUUUUUUAUUUUUUUUUCAUCGUUGAAAAUAUAUUUUAUAAUUUAAAUAAUUAUAGAUGAUCAAAAUCAAAUGUCAGUGCCAGUUUUUCACGUAUUUUAAAAUUUAGUUUUCGUGUUAACUUUUUUACGAAAUAUCUACAUAUGAAACUUUUAAACAAUUUCAGACGCUUUUUAAUGAACUUACGCUUAUGCAUACUAAGAUUUAAAAAAAUGUGUUUUCUCUUUUUUUUAAUCUUGUUUAUUUAUUCCUAAAAGAAAUACCUUACUACUUUCUUUACCCUCUUAAAUUAUGGAAAUUUUUAAAUCAUAAUAUGAUACGAUAUUUAAGGCUUUCCACAAAAAUUAUUUUUGUUUUUAAGUAAUUCCCACAAUGGCCAGUCUGAAAUCUAGUUUAUAGUGCAAUUGUCGCUGUUUUGAAAUUUCCAUUUAGGAGAAUAUUAUUUUAGAAGUUUUCUAAGAUAAGGACAGAAACUCCAAGCUAAAUUUCACAUUGUUACUUAAUCCUACACUUAGUUUAUUUAAAUAACAGUGCAUAAUAAUGAUUGAAACUCCUGGCUAAAUUUCACAGUGUAACUUAAUCCUACACUUAGUUUAUUUAAAUAACCGUGUAUAAUAAUGAUUGAAACUCCAGGCUAAAUUUCACAGUGUAACUUAAACCUACACUUAGUUUAUUUAGAUAACAGUGUAUAAUAAUGACAGAAACUCCAGGCUAAAUUUCACAGUGUAACUAAUCCUACCCUUAGUUUAUUUGGAUAACUGUGUAUAAUAAUGACAGAAACUCCAGGCUAAAUUUCACAGUGUAACUAAUCCUACACUUAGUAUAUUUAAAUAACCGUGUACAAGUUUCUCUAAUUAACGAAAACACACUAUAUGUAAAAUUUAAACGUAUUGACAAACACAAACCUGAACAACCUAGCUUAAGUGUCAAAAAUAUGUUAUCUUUAUAAAUAAAUAUCUAUGACUGCUGUAAUUUUUUCUUUCAAAAUUUUAAUUGUAAAUUUUAGUUUCAAUUUCAUACUAAAUUUUUAUUUCUUUCUUUUUUAACAGUAAAAGUGUUUUACUCAUCAAAAACAACACAUUUUAAAUUGUUAAAUUUUCUUUAAAAAUUUUUAAUCUCAAAUUUCGCAAUUUUUACAUUGCAAAUUUUUGAUUUUUGCUUCUCUUUUUCCUUUUUUCAUUUUAUUGUGUCGAAAAUCGUACUUAAAAAUCUCAGAAGAGUUUGUUCUAAAUGCAAUAGCAAUUGCUUUCUCAUAGAGAAUACAUUCUACAUAUGUAGCUUUUUUUUUAAAAAAUUUAUUUAUCGAUCUUGAAUUUGUUCUUGUUUGUCACAACUCUUAACUUUAUAAGCACUUUUUGUUUUAAGUUAUGUGUAUCAUUAUUAUAGAUGCUUAGCUUAAAUUUUAUUUAUAACAAUGAAUUAAAUUACUGCAUCAAA